AUGGCCAGCCAGAAUGGUCUUCGACCCCCCUCUCUAGCUCCGCCCGGCCCUACGUCUCCAACCGCCACCCGAAGUCGCCGCGGCUCUCUGGUUUCUCCUACUUUUUCUACGUAUGCCGAAAGAGAACAGCUCUCACUCGCCCUCGACAAGAUCCAUACCUCAGCCAGUCAGUCGGAUGUCCUCACCACAUUCAAUGAUUUCGCACCUCCCCCAAGUAGCCUUCCGGCUUCGGAAAAGCAAGGAACUGCUGGCGAGAUUGUACAGCAAGGGUUGAGCGGCUUAUACAGCAGGAUAAAGGAGGCUGUCAGUGGCGUAAGCAAGAAUUCUGCUCAGGAGGUGGACGAUGCCGACAGCCAUGAUGGGGCUUCCAGGAGAAGCUUGAACCUUGUGCCGAGGGGGGACGGUGGCAUAACAAAUGCAACCUUCAACUCUGCCGUCUCCUCUGAUGCUGGGGUAUCUGGCUUGUCUUCUUCAGGCUUGGCUACAGCAACAGCCGACUCUUCGUCACCGGCUGUACAAUCAUCCAAGGCCUCCUCCAUAACGACGGCAUCAACUUCAAAACACUUGCCUCCGGGUGCCCAGAACCUUCCAAAAAUCUCCGUGGCUGCCACAUCCACAAAUACCCCUGCCAUUCCGGUGGUAUCAACGGGUUUCGCCGAAAGUGAUACUGUCCGUGGUACAACGACCCGUGAAGAGUUGCCCAGUCGCGGAUCAGGACGGGGCAGUAUAAGUAGGCUAAGCGAAGUGGGAAACAGCACGCUCCUGACUGGGAAUGGAAGUUUGGACAGCGUGGCGACCACUGACAGAAUCAUGGUUCCGGGGCGAACGAGGAGAGAAGAUGCUCCGAGUCUUGAUGGCAGCGCAGAUGCUCCCCGUAGCCCGAUACAAACGACGGCGGAGGCUCGUUCGUCAUCCCUUAGCAGGGCCACCCCACCUGACACGAUGAGACGGCCAGCAGUGAUUGACCGGAUCACCUUUACAAAGGGCAGUAACCAUUCAAGGUCAUCUUCCAUGGAGCCCGGGACUGCUGAAGCUAGCCCUAUCAGCACCUCAGCUCACAGCACGGUGUACCACGAUUCCUUUAGACAUAACGAGAGACCCCAGAGACUUCAGUCAGGUGUCAUGAGGAUACCCGGGACGACUGCCAACGAGGGUGCCCCUGAAAUGGUUAAUGCGAGGUUGGAGCGAAUGCGAAAGCAGGUCCUAAGUAAGGAGUUUUGGAUGGCCGACGAGACUUGCAAAGAGUGCUUUUUGUGUGGGACUCCUUUCACUGCCUUCCGAAGAAAACACCAUUGUCGGACAUGCGGGUGCAUUUUUGAUUCCAAGUGCACGUCCAACAUCUCUGGAGCAAAGUUCGGCGUCCAGGGCUCUCUGAGAGUUUGCAAGACGUGUCUCAAUGUUAUCAAUCGUCGGUACGACAGUGGUUCAGAUGAUUCAGCAGACGAAUCCUAUCUCCCAGCUAUCUUUCGAGCCAACCAGCCAAAGUCCGUGCCCACAGCUCUCAAACAAAAAGAAGGCGACGAGGCAAGCAUCAUGGAAAGAACCGAGCAGGCCGACCACACCCGAAGUGCGACCACACCCAUGAUGGCAAUUCCAGCAACCAGGCGUGUCGGGGACAGCAAUAGGAAUUCUGCCAUUUUAGAAAUCGACAUGCCUCAGCUGAGUCGGCCAAGCUCAUCGCGGUCGCUCAAGUCAUUGUCAACUAGUCGUCCACAAUCAUCGGGCCAUCGCAGGCACCACUCCAAGCACAAUUUCUUGACUAGGCUCAAGGGGGCUCCUGAUGAGAGGGCGCCGUUUCGCAAACCAGCCGGGGACGACCCGGGAACCAAGUCAAACGCCAAUGCCUUUCAUGCCGACAACAUUAUCGACCCGGAGCUGGCCGACUACAUGUCUGAUGAGUCGAGUGAGGACGAGCAACAAAUGGGCAGCAUUUUUGCCACCAUGAACAGCAGCGACUUCCAACCCGCCAGCCUUGACCCCGAUCGAUCAAGUUUCGGCACUUAUCUGGGAGCAGGCAGGAAACACCGGUUCCGUCAUGGCGAGAAGAAUACCAGCGGUCUCAGCUAUACCAGCCGCGGUUUUGAUGAGGGUGUCGGCGGUGCUGGCGGUAGCAGCGGAGGUGGUUUGCAGAAUUUAUCGAUCCAUGCACGACCACCCCGAAGGAGGAAUAUGAGCAUCGCAAGCAUCAGCGCCCAUCAUUUGCGAUCACCACGACCCAAGUCAGCCAUCAUCAAAGGCAACUCUGCCUCGACCGACGCCCUGUCUAUCUUUGAGAGCGGCGUUGAAAAUUCAGGGUCAAAGCGGAAUGAUGCAACACGCGAGGGCAAGCUUCCCGAGGAGGGUCUCAACCCGGCGAGCCUGCAGCAUGUAAAGAAGCUCUUCCGGCAAAUGCUGGAUGAUGCUGAGAUUCCCAACCCGAGCAGCUGGGAGCGGGCUCUUAUCCCUAUUCUCGACAAAUGUGCCGAUGAUGUCGACCCCGAUAUCCGCAACGGGGACGACAUGGAUAUUCGGCAUUGGGUCAAGCUCAAGAAGAUCCCAGGGGGCAGGCCAAGUGACACAGCCUACGUUCACGGAGUUGUCUUUACCAAGAAUCUUGCACUCAAGAGCAUGCCCCGCAGGAUCCGCAAUCCCCGGGUCGUCGUCAUCACCUUCCCACUCGAGUAUCAGCGCCAUCCAGAGCAGCACUUUAUGAGUUUGCAGCCCGUUAUUGAGCAAGAAAAGGAGUAUCUGAGAAUGGUCGUGAACCGGAUUCUCUGCCUUGAACCGCAUGUGCUGCUGGUGGAAAAGAGUGUUGCCGGAGUGGCUUUACAGUACCUGUCGGAAGCCAACGUCGCUGUUGCUUACAACGUCAAACCAACCGUUAUUGAAGCUGUCUCGAGAAUCGUCAACAUGCCCGUUAUUUCAUCCAUGGACAUGCUUAGUCUUGGCGCUCGGGUGGGCACCUGCGAGAGUUUUGAGGUCAAGACAUAUGUCAAUCAUGGGAUAAAGGGCAAGAAGAAGACGUACAUAUUUCUUUCAGGGUGUCCCAAGGACCGCGGCUGUACCAUUGCCCUGCGUGGGGCUUCCACUCCGAUACUGUCACGCAUGAAGCGCAUCACCGAGUUCAUGGUCUAUGUGGUCUACAACCUAAAGCUGGAAUCAUGCUUGAUGCGCGACGAGUUUGUCCAGAUCCCAACUGAGAUAGAGUCUGUCUUGACUUCCACUCUCACGUCACGGCAACCCACCGACGACAGUCUUCUGAUCUCUCCUGGGUGUGUCCCCGAUCCCACCAGUCAGCGCCCUGCUAUUUUGAUUACAUCACAAAGCACCGAGGGAGAGAAACUGGUGGAACAGGCUCGGGUCAAUGAGGACUCUCCUGCCGAGCAGGAGCUGGCUGCAAACACAACCAGCACCGGGUCAGAGACUCAGCCGUCGGCGGAUGCCGCUCAAAAACUCAUAUCAUUACACGAGUCUCACUCGCAUGUCCAAGUGCCAGAGGAUGUACCAAUGCCGACCUUUUACAGUGAUAUGGUGGCAAAGUACGAAACUCGAAUCCUUUCAGCGUCGCCGUUUGUCAAGUUUACACAGCCCUACCUUCUCAUGAAGGCGCGCGAGCAAGAAAGGCGGUUGGUCUACCUGCGCCGUCUUCGCGACCAAAACAUUGUCGAAGAUCCCGAAGAGAGCGAGAAGCCCCGACCACUACGGUUCCAGCUCAUCAAGCCAGAGAUGGUGCACGAGAUUGGCCAAAAAGCCCCUCGAAAAGUAAUGGAGGUCCUGCAUGCAGUCCAUGAUGUCGAGUAUGACAAGGCUCUGCACAACUACCAGACGCAAUCCAGACAAUGGGAAACAUAUAUCCAGGACAGUCUCGAUCUCUUCGAUCCCUAUUCUCAUCAGAACAUCGUAGUGCUCUAUUCGGUCACUUGCACAGAAACCAAGAUACCGUGCGUGGAGCCUGGCCUCGUCGCCAUCGAGUUCUAUAAUGAGCAUCCUGAUGCCAACGGCAACAUGGAUCAAGAUUGCACCCUGGGCCAGUACAUCGAGGACAUUUGCGAAGGCUCUGAUAUGGUGUGUCACGCCAACGGCUGUGAUAGAAAGAUGCUUGAUCAUCACCGCACCUAUGUCCAUGACAACGCUCGUAUCACCAUCAUUCUUGAGAACUCGCCGGCUUGGCCCGAAAACUUUCCGGAGAAACCCCAAGAGUCUGAGGGCGACAAGGAUGGGACCGGCAUAUGCAUGUGGAAUUACUGCAAAGAGUGCAACAAGCAUUUCGGUCUCAUGCCCAUGUCUGUCAGCACCUGGAAGUAUUCUUUUGGCAAAUACCUGGAGCUCUCGUUCUGGAGCAGAUGCGUCCGCUCGAGCCUGCAGAAUGAGUGCCCCCAUGACCACCAAAAGGACCACGUUCGGUUCUUCUACUACCUGUAUCGCGACAUUGCUGUGAGAAUUCACUACGACCCCAUCGAUCUGUUCGAGAUCAUUGUGCCACGGCCAAGGAUCACAUGGAAGGUGGAUCACGAUUUGCGGCUCAAGAAUGAUAUCUUCACCAAGGCCGAGGAGCGUUGGGUUCGGUUCAUGACUUCGGUCCGGGCUCGACUCAAGAGCAUUCGAAUUGACAGUGUGCUUCCGGAGAAAGCGGAAGCCUGCACAGCAGAGAUCGAGAGGCUGACCAAGAAGGCCCACGAAGAUCAGGCAGAGUUGGUCCGGAGUCUCCAGGAGACAUACAUGAGCUCCAAGUACUACGAAGUCAUUCCCUUCAACAUUGUUAUCCGCGGAAUGCUGGAGAAGGUGACGGAUUGGGAUGCAGCAUUCACCAAAUUCGAAGCCGACUUCCUUUCCGACAAGGAUGUCCGACAACUGACCAUCAUUCAACUCAAGAAGAUGUUCACAGACAAUGAGUCAAAAGAGUCCCUUCCGAGUACUGACGGCACCACGUCUGUUGGCUCGGAAUCCGAGGAAAAAUCUACUCCCACUGCGUCCCAGCCCAGUAGUUCGGAGUUUGAAGAAAAGCCCACACAGAAUGCCGAGGGUGAGAGCCGGACACCGGAAACCCCUGUAUCGCCGACCUCGAGACUAGUCGCAACUGCAACGGAAGAAGCAGCUGCCAGCCAAGCUGAUGAGCUUCUCGAGAGGGUCGAGCCUUUGGACCUCGCGACGCCUACUUCACCGACGUUGGUGAAGAGUAUCCUAACCGGUUCGGAGCUUGCCCCCGAUGUCACCAAGCAGUCGCCAUCUCCACCAAGUGAGGAGAUACCAGCAGCAACGCCUGAAGCAAAUUCUCUGAUGCCGCCUCCGGCAACUCCUGCUGCACCGGCUGCGUCUCCCCAGCCUGCAGAGCCUCAACAUAUGUCAUUGACAGAAAAGGUCGAGCAGCUACGUCGCGAACAGCGUGCCGCAUCAACUGAUGCGACCGGCACAGGCUUUGUUGGUGAAGGUGGUGCAGAAUCAUCACGACCUACAGGAGACCGUGCUAUCUCGAGAAAGACAGGUCAAGCGGUAUCACCCCCAAUGGUUCGCGCUUUAUCCCAGCCGGUAGGGGCACUUCCCAGGACACAGUCUACUAUCGGAAAGCUAUUGAAGGAGCAAAAGGCGCAGGAUGCGGCUUCCGAGGGACAGAAGGCCGUGCCUGAGAAAGCGGAGAAGAAGUUCACUGAUCGCAUUGGACUCGGGGCUCUGAAGAAUCGAAAGGCCCCGCCGUCGGCAAUUCCGCGUUAUGUUCAUAAGAGGGAAUCCAAGGUGUCGACGCUUGCGCGCCAUUUUGAGCAACUAAGCCGUGAGUUUGAAAAGGAGCGGAUGCGGGAUCGCAAGCAACGGGCAGCAAAGAUGCAGUCUACGAGAGCCUUCCUUCCACGUACGUCCACCAAGACUAUAGUCGAAGUCUACAAGGACGUGGACCAAGCCGUCAAAGAGCCUGGCCCCGACGAGGAGCAGCACAUGGAGAAGCAUCACAGCAAUAGGAAACAUGAUGACUCUUCUCAGCCAGCUGCUGAUACCACGCCGGAAGACUCACAGAACAAGGCGUCUGAACCAAGCUCGCCACUUGCACCACCCUCUGGGCCACUUACCCAAGAGGAAACCCGAAACGAAGCAGAUGGCGAUGAUGCUCGACACGAAGAUCAUGCGGGAUCUGAUGAUGAGGGUGCAGGCAGCGACGCGGAUGCUUCCACCAUCACGUUCGACGAGUUCAUGCCUGACGCUAAAGAGAUUGCCAGCUCUCUCGAACCCGGUGAUGAGAUCCCAGAAGAGCUCCCAAGACAUCAGAAGAAGAGUCUGAUGACCAUGUUGACUAAUUUCUGGGCUGAACGUUCGGCUAGCAAUUGGACACCACUGGAGUAUCCCAUCAACGCGACAGAUCACAUCUUCUUUGAUUCGGAUGUCAUUGUGAGGGAGGAUGAGCCCAGCUCGUUGUUGGCUUUUGCUCUCAACUCUGAAGAUUACAAGACAAAGCUUGCCGAGAUUCGUCAGCGGUGGGAGAUGUCCAACCAGCGAGAAACAGAUGAAAGCAGUGACGGCCUUGAAAUGAAGCAGCAGCCAUCUACAGGUCUGUCCAAGGCCGAGCUGGAAAACAGUCUACUGCGGUCUACCGGUACGCAUCUCAAGUACCAGUUCGCAGAGGGCUCAGCAAAGAUGAUGUGCAAGAUUUUCUUUGCCGAACAAUUCGACGCCCUCCGUCGCAAAGUCGGUGCUGCUGACCGCUUCGCCGAGUCUCUGUCUCGCUGCCUCAAGUGGGAUUCCAAAGGCGGCAAGACAAAGUCUGUCUUUCUCAAGACGCUCGACGACCGGUUUGUCCUCAAGGGUCUGUCGCCUGUCGAGACGUCUUCGUUCCUCAAGUUCGCCCCGGACUACUUUGACCUGAUGGCGCAUGCCCUCUUCCACGAUCUACCUUCUGUCAUUGCAAAGAUGCUCGGCUUCUUCCAGAUCAUCAUCCGCAACCCCGUCACCAACACGGAAAUCAAGCUCGACCUGCUCGUCAUGGAGAAUCUGUUUUAUGACCGGUCACCGACAAGAACGUUUGACCUCAAGGGGUCGAUGCGCAACCGGAGGAUCCAGUCGACGGGGGAACAAAACGAGGUGUUGCUAGACGAGAACAUGGUGGAGUACAUUUAUGAAUCUCCCCUAUUUGCCCGGGAGCAUUCAAAGAGGUUGUUGAAGACGUCGGUUUUUAAUGAUACGCUGUUUUUGGCGAGGAUGGGCGUGAUGGAUUACAGCCUGAUGGUGGCGGUGGAUGAGGUGAAGAAGGAGCUGGUGGUGGGGAUUAUUGACUGCAUCCGGACGUAUACGUGGGACAAGCAGCUGGAGAGCUGGAUCAAGAAUAGGGGUUUUGCGGGCGGGGGGAGGAACAGGCCGACGGUGACGAGCCCGAAGGAGUAUAAGAGUCGGUUUAGGGAGGCUAUGGCCAGGUAUUUCGAACUCCGCAUUGAGUUUGGAAAGAUGUGA